CAAACUAAGUAGGUGAACAUGGACCAAUAGGUUGAGCUCUAGGUUAAACUGAUUGUUCAGGUAGUUACAAAUUCAGUUUUAAAAGGGCCCGCGGAAAAUUUGAGGCAGCAUAGAAAAAUUUAACUUUUGCCUUUUGGUUAAAGCCAGGUGUUGCCAAUAAAAGUUUACCUGAAGGCUCCGAACUUUAACAUUUUUGAUAAAUAAAAAGCCGUGCAUAGGAUUUGCAGCUGUCAGAUAGAAUUUAGCUGAUUGAGCAACUAGAAGCAUAAUGGGCAACUCAUUGCAUGCCACACAAGAAAACGAGCUGAACGAGGAAAUUACAAGCAUUGGGGAGACUCAGAAAUGCACAAAGGAGCAGGAGGAGGAUGACAGGGACAAGGUGAAUGUUACAUUGCAAUUGUUUCAAUAUAGGCAACAAAUUGGUUUGAAGGCGCAUCAAAAAGUCAAAUGGGCCACUUCCAAGCUGCUGUUGACAGAGGAGCUGCUCAAGCAGAAGCAGCAGCAAUAUCAAGUUGAGUACACAAAGCAAACGCUUAAUACGGACACCUCCUGGGUGGAUGCACAGCUGGCCAUGCUUACCGACGAUGAAGAUGAGUUGGACUUUGUUUAUAACGAGAACUUCCCGCCCUUGUCGAAGGCUUUAAGUACGGAGCUGCAGAAUCUGAUGAAUUACAGAUUAACGCUGCGUGAUACGAUUUUGGAGUUGGCACAGGAGAAGCUUAAAAAGCGCGAGAAGAAAAAGUUGAAGCGUUUGAAACGCCGAACGCUCAUUUCAUCCAAAAAACCUAGCAACAAGGAUAAACAGCGCUCUUUCUAUUGAGUUCAAACCCUCUUUGCUUUUGAAUGUAAUUCUAAUUGUACUACUAUUUAUUUUGUUUUCUUUUUUAUCGAAAUUAA